AAAAAUCACAUCGAGUUCUCAUCCUCACCCCUUCCCAAAGCUCCUCAACCCCCUUCCUCUAAACAAAAAUCACAAUGUCAACCUCCUGCUCCCUCUCUACAAUCCCCUAUCCCUACAUCCCAGGAACAUCAUUCCUCUCCAUCACCUCAACCCCCCUCACAAACUUCACAAUCGCAACCUCACAAACCGAUUCCCAUUUCGCCAGCACCCUCUCCUCGCUUAAUUUCUGCAACAUAACACUCACCUACACCCACCCCGGCGAAAACGACACAAUAAACGUGAAAAUAUUUCUCCCCACCCAGGAAACAUGGAACGGCCGCUUCAUCGGAACAGGAGGCGGGGGCUACGCAACCGGUGGAUUCGACUCCUCGCUUGCGGAAGCCGUAUCGCAGGGCUACGCAGCAGCAGGUACAGAUGGCGGACAUUAUAGCGACGGAAGUGGCAUAGGAACCGCUGCAUUCCCAACAGAGGGCUGGGCGCUUCUUCCCUCAGGAAAUAUAAAUCUUUAUCUUCUUCAAGAUUUUGCAUCAGUGGCUCUGGAUGAAAUGACGAAUAUUGGAAAACAGGUAGCGACUUCGUAUUAUGGGAGGAAACCAGAAUAUGCAUAUUGGAAUGGAUGUUCGACGGGCGGAAGACAGGGAUUAAUGAUGGCGCAGCGGUAUCCGCUGGGUUAUAAUGGGAUUUUGGCGGCGGCGCCGGCGAUUAACUGGGUGAAGUUUAUCGUGGCUGAGUAUUGGGCUCAGUUCGUUAUGAAUACGCUAGGUGUUUAUUCUAGUCCGUGUGAAUUUGACGGUAUUACGAGUGCGGCAGUAGAAGCUUGUGAUGCGAUCGAUGGAGUUGUAGAUGGCAUACUGAGUAUGCCCGGCCUGUGCAAAUUCCAAGCAAACGAAACGAUAGGAAAGGACUUUACAUGUGCGGAUGGAAGUUCAGUGACGAUUUCCGAAGCUGCUACAAAAGUCGCGCAAGCCGCUUGGGAUGGACCUAGAACCUCGGAGGGAAAAUUCCUCUGGUAUGGAAUUAAUCGCUCUGGUAACCUCAGUGCUCUCGCUGGCACUACUUGCACGGAUGGAAAUACAAAUUGUACGGGAACCCCCUUCCAAAUACCAGUAGAUUGGAUAAAUCUCUUCAUAGAGAAAAACGCUACAUUCCCUCUCCAAAACAUCACACAUCAACAAUUCGAGCGGAUAUUUCACGCCUCUAUCCAACAAUUCACAUCAAUAAUCGGAACUUCCGAUGCGGAUCUCUCUGAAUUUCGCGAUGCGGGCGGGAAACUUAUUUCGUGGCAUGGAUUAGCUGAUCAACUUAUCUUUCCGAAUGGGACGUCGACGUACUAUGAGGAAGUACAGGAAUUAGAUGAGAAUGUGCGGGAUUAUUAUAGAUAUUUUGAAGCGCCUGGUGUAGGGCAUUGUGCGGGAGGUAAUGGACCGUUUCCUUAUGAGGCAUUUGAUGCGCUGGUUAGUUGGGUUGAGAAGGGGGAGGCGCCGGAAGUUUUAAAGGCGAAGAGUUUACCUGGUGUGAAUGGGACGGUGAUUGAGAGGAAUUUGUGUUUGUAUCCUUUGGUUUCGAAGUAUGUUGGGGGUGAUCCGAUGGUGGCGAGUUCUUUUAAGUGUAGAUAAGUGCAGUGGUGAUGGUUUAGAUGUUUGGCAUUCGAUGGGAAAGCUUUAUCGUACUGUACGUAUUAACACAAAAACAAACAUCAAUACUAAUAUAUAAAAAUU